UCUACUGCUUUGCCUUACGUCACAGAUUUAGGAAAAUAAAUCAAUCCAGAGUCACAGUUCACCAGGCAACAGCAGAGAUGUUCCGUAACCAGUACGACAACGAUGUCACAGUAUGGAGUCCUCAGGGGCGCAUUCACCAGAUCGAAUACGCCAUGGAGGCGGUGAAACAAGGUUCGGCUACAGUGGGGCUCAAGUCCAGAACCCAUGCAGUCCUGGUUGCUCUCAAGAGAGCCCAGUCUGAGCUGGCUGCUCACCAGAAGAAGAUCCUCCAUGUUGAUGAGCACGUUGGCAUCUCUAUUGCCGGGCUGACUGCAGAUGCCAGGCUCCUCUGUAACUUCAUGAGGCAGGAAUGCCUGGACUCCAGGUUCGUGUUUGACAGGCCUCUCCCAGUGUCGCGCCUCGUCACUCUCAUUGGAAGUAAAACCCAAAUCCCCACACAGAGGUAUGGAAGAAGACCCUAUGGUGUGGGACUGCUUAUCGCUGGCUACGACGACAUGGGGCCUCAUAUCUUCCAGACCUGCCCCUCUGCAAACUACUUCGACUGUAAAGCCAUGUCCAUCGGCGCCCGCUCCCAGUCAGCCCGCACGUACCUAGAGAGACACAUGAACACCUUCCUGGACUGUAAUCUGAAUGAGCUGGUCAGGCAUGGUCUGCUUGGGCUCAGAGAAACACUCCCUGCUGAACAGGACCUCACGACUAAGAAUGUCUCCAUCGGUAUUGUGGGGAAAGACAUGGAGUUCACCAUCUACGACGAUGAUGACGUGGCUCCUUUCCUCGUGGGUCUAGAGGAGAGGCCACAGAGAAAGGUUGUCCAGGCUGCAGAUGAGCCUGCAGCAGACAAACCUGAUGAGCCAAUGGAUAUCUGAGACUUGGAGGACGCAGAAUGAUUACACACUUCUUGUCACACUGCAGUUGCCAGAAACCAAAUCCACACAGCACCGCUCUCACUGAACUACAAUUGGGCAAUUCUGUACUGUGACAAUAUGCCACUCAUUGAAAACAAGUGAAUUGUAUGCUUUCUGCUAAUAACAUUGGAUGUUGCUUUUCUAUUGGUAGAAUGUUCAAUUCUAUAAGUAAUAAAACCUUGUUUCUCA